ACCUGCAGUACCAGAUUGACAAGACCUUGACGCUCACCAAGCCGGAGUAGCUAAUGCACUGACUGUAAUCAAUCAAUCAUGGAUUCAUGAACCCCCCGCGCCCCUGCUCUGCUGCAGCUUAGCUUUUCUUCCAACCAAAUGAUUUCAAUUCCGUGCCACAUAAUAUAAGCGGACAAACAACUUAAGCGUGGCCAUCUCCCAAAGCUAACCUCACCUCAAGAGUAUAUAUUCAAUCAGCCAGGAAGAAAAGCACACAGACACAGAGGAGACCAGCACAUCAACAAGAGAGAGUUGAGAGGGGAGCAAGAGGAGAAAAGAGCAAAGGAGAUCCAAAAAGCUCGAGACGAACCAAUUUGUCGAUUCUGUGGCCUUUUGCUCUUUUAGCUUUCGCAUCUCUACGAGAUAGAUUAGAGAAACACAGCAGCGAUGGACAGCGCGCACGCAAGGAACGGCGGGUCGAGCGCCGGCACGGCUCCUAGCACCAGCGACAGGUACUCCAGCGCCGAGGCCGACGACAAUGGCAGCGCCGGCGGCGCCAAGGUGUGGGUCCUCGUGCUCCUCUUCUCCCUGAUCGUGCUCCUCCUCCUCCCGUCCGCGGUGCGGCGGGGCGGGUCAGGAGGCGGCGGCGGGUUCCAGCGUGGCGGGAUUACGCUCAAGAGCGGCUGGGACGUCGUCAACCUCUGCCUCGUCCUCUUCGCCAUCCUCUGCGGGCUUCUCGGCCGAGGCGGGGGCGAUGGGGACUCUCCCGGCGCCGCGGCGGCGGCCAAGGACCAUCGACAGGUGUCGCCGGUGGCGGCGCCGGAGCCGACCGCGGAGGCCGGAGAGGAGGCCUCCACCGAGGAUGUGUGGGCGGGCAUCAACAACUCGUCGGCGGCGAGCUACUCGGGGAUCCGGCGGCUGAAGAGCACGAGCUCGUACCCGGAGCUGAGGCUGGACAGCGACGGCGUGUGGGGCCUCGCGUCGCCGGAGCUGGCCUGGCGGUCCUACGACGACGCCGAGCUCUACAGGACCAGGCGGCUGGAGCGGACGACUUCGGCCUUGGACGCGGACCGCCCGCCGCCGCUGAGGAGGCCGACGCCGCCGGAGGAGGAGAAGACGAUCCCGGUGGACACGUACGAGGUGCGCAGCAGGAGAUCGCAGGCACAGGCUCAGGAGCCGAGGAGGCGGAGGCGGAGCAUCGAGAGGCUCCCCAAGAUGGCCGUGGUGGAUGAGGAGGAGAGGACGCAUCCCACGGAGACUCUUCCCACGCUGGCGAGGAGCAGGCGGUGGAGCCCGGAGGAUCUGGAUUACGCUACGCCGGGAGUACCGGAGAGGACAGUACAUCCCACGGAGACUCUUCCCACGCUCGCGAGGCGCAGGACGUGGAGCCCGGAGGAUCUGUACGCCGCUGCCGCGGAACUGGAGACGCCGGUGGAGGUGGCGUCCGUGGAACCACCGCCGCCGCCAGUGGCUCGGCGGCGCCGGCGCAGCAUGGAGAAUCUGCCGAAAGUGGAAGAACUGGAGCCGGAGAUUAUAACCCAAGAGAUCAAGGUGAACGACCCGUUCUCCUCCUCAUCGCCUGCCAUGUUUCCCCCGGGAACGCCGCCGCCACCGCCUCCUCCGCCGCCGGGGGCAAUGUCACGAAGCAAAAAGAAGAGGAGCGGCAGCGUGGGCGGCGCCAAGGAACUGGCCUCCGCCAUUGCUCUGUUCUACCAGAAGAAGCGCAAGAGCAUCAUCAUGAAGAGGGAGAGGCACCACCACAGCAAGCAUCAUCAUCACCACCAUCAUCUGUCCGACGACCACUACUCGUCUCCUUCGUCCGAAGCAUCGGCGAGUCCCGAAGCCACCACCCGCACCAGCCGUCCCCCGCCGCCGCCGCCACCGCCACCUCCUCCUCCGCCGUCAUCCAUCUUCUCCAACCUCUUCAAGAACAAGAAAGGGGGCAGCAAGAGCCGCCGCAUCUACUCCGUCGCGCCGCCUCCUCCCACGCGGUCGAGGAAACCACCAACGCCUCCGUCUCGCACAGCUCCCCCGGCGCCCCCGCCGCCUCCGGUGAUGACGCGGCCCCCACGCCCGCACGCGCACCCGCAGCAGCAGCCGCCACGCGCGCCGGUGUACCGACAACCGACGCCACGCGCGCAGCAGCUGCCACUGUACCCCAGGCGCGAGGUCGUCUACUACACCUACCCUCUCCCGCCGCCUUCGCCCCCAAUGCCCCCGCCGCCGCCUCCACCGCCGAUGUCGGAAGGAGAGGAGGAGGCUCCCUCGGUCACGGCGUCGCCGGCGCCGUCGUACUGCGCGAGCCCGGACGUGAACGCCAAGGCGGACAACUUCAUCGAACGCUUCCGCGCCGGGCUGAAGCUGGAGAAGAUCAACUCGUACAGGGAGAAGUUGCAGAUCCAGGAAGGCGCUACGGUGACCGUGGCGGAGGAGGACGGGGAGUUCAUGGUCAUCGGCUCGCUCUUCGAAGACGAUGAUGACGAUAUGUCGUUGCCGGAGACGCCGGUCACCGCCACCGCGGCCACGGCCGCCGUCGCCGUCGGCUACUAAUUUUACUUCUGACUUCCGAAACGUUGCAUUGACGCUUUGGAAAAAGGGAGAUAAGAAAAAAAUCAAAAAAAAUGGAAAAAACAAAAAAAACUUACUUGGGUCUUGGGUUAUUUCCGUAUUUUUCAAGGGGUUUUUCAGUUUUCUUUUCUUUAAGAUUUUUUUGGGCUGUUAGCAGAGUUGACAGGAAGAUUGGGUUAUUGAUCGCUAAUGGAGAGGAUCAAUACAGUGUUUGCGUGAGGGAGAGACAACUAUUACUCCAAUUGAACAGGGUGAUAUAUAGGGAGCUUUAUGUGCAUGUUUUAAAAUGGCCAGAAAGCUCUAUGCAGAAUUGCAGAUGUUGCAUUAGGUGAAGUGGUGUGAAUUCAACGUGUCUAUAAAUCAGAAAGCAAUAGAGCUUUACAUUUUUCUUUUGAUUA